AUGUCAGACUACUACAACCCCAAUCAGUAUCCUCCCCCACCAGGGGCCGGCCAUAACCAAUAUCCUCCUCCUCCAAGACCAGAGGGCUACCACUCCCCAGAGCCACAGUCCUCGUACGGGGGAUAUCAGCCCGCACGGGAGGAUCAGUAUCGAUAUUCACCGAGGUCAUCGGCAAUGCAAGUAGGCCAGUAUGGCGGCGAGUCCGGAUAUAAUCGGGAGCGUCGCAAUUCAGGCCCAUAUGCUGCUAGUCAGUAUCGCGAAGCCGAACCCAACACCUACUAUGCUCCUCCUCCACGAGAAUAUGACGACCAGUAUUACGACCGCCCCAGCUCCCGAGGCUCGCGCAAGGAAAGGGAAAGAGACCGGGAGAGGUCGAGAGACAGAGGUGAGAAACACCAUGGCGAGCAUCAUGCUGAGAAGGCUGUGGGCGCGACUCUGCUCGGUGGUGCAGUUGGUGGAUGGGCCGGCCACGAAUUUGGCCAUAACAACAAUUUGAUUGCCGUCGCAGGUGCAUUGGCAGGAGCAUAUGCCGGCCACAAGCUCGAAGCAAAACAUGAAAAGGACAAACAAAAGAAGAAGGGACAUCGGGAAAGCGGUGCUUACGACGACGGAGAUUAUGGCAGCCGGCGCAGUCGCUCGAUCUCGCGGUCUCGGAAGAGGUCUGGGAGCAGGCGGAGAAGCAAAAGCAGCAGCAGUGAUGAGAGCGAUAGCAGCAGGCGCAGACACCGUCACCGUCGCGACUAG